CUGUAGCAUGAAACAUUUAGUUUGCGAAAGACUCCAACCAAAAUGGCCUACUUUGGAAAGGAAUUCUCCUUCGAAAGGGAAGAAAAUUUCGAUGCAUUCGCCGAUUUUAUUGGUGCCUUUGACGCCAACGCCAAGGGCUUUAUGCAGUACAAGCCGAACCAGAUCCUCGAGAAGAACGGGGACUCCUACAAGCUGAUCUUCAAGACCCCAGCCCUGAACCACGAGGUGGUGUUCAAGUCUGGAGUGCCUUACAGCGACGUCAUCCGUGAAGGUUUGACGGCCGAGUCCACCAUCACCGUCGAUGGAGACACCUUCACCCAGGUCCAGGACUACGGCCCCCUUGGCUCCAUCACCUUCAAGAGAGAGUACAGCGCCGACCAACUUAAAGUGACAUUUGAGAGCUUUUAUUAAAAGUUUUGGAACACGAAGC